UGCUGUGGCUUGAAUUUCUCGCCGCGGGAGGGAAGGAGAAAAAAAAAAAGUCAUCGCUUUGUACCAUCUACCCGCCUUUAGCUGCCAAUUGCCUCAACCACGAAUCUUGAGCACGGUCUACUUAAUCCAGAUGCUGUUGGACUCUUUCGCGAUUCUUUUGACACUCUUUUGAUUCCCUUCAGACCACUAUAGGAGCCAUGCAGCUCCGUACGGGAGCAGCGGUGCUGCGCAGCACUUCGAUAACGUCACGAUCUAUCCUCUCCUCCUCUUCCUCCCGAUGCUCGCAAUGUCGACGAAUCGCUCCCCUCGAUGCUCGGAUACCUCUCACCACUGCGCUAUACCACUCUUCCUCGAGGCGGUCUUCAGCAUGGGGCGCCGCUGUGUCUGUUGCGUCUAAUAUGGCUGCGAAUGCCGUCAACCGCGUGAUCCCCAAGGGUGACAUGCACAUCGACCCUCUGCGGACAGUGGCCAAGGAGAUGAAGUUCUUGACGGGCAACAUCCGGAAGCUCCUUGGUUCCGGCCAUCCGUCUCUGGAUCGCGCCGCCAAGUACUACACACAAGCAGAGGGCAAGCACAUGCGUCCUCUUAUCGUUCUGCUCAUGUCGAGAGCCACCGCUCUAUGCCCCAAGGGUCCCCGGCUCCAAUCUGGUCAAGCCAUUGGUAGCGUUGAUACGGCGAUAUCUCCCCCGAACAUCCUCGUCGACGUCAAUCCGAGCUCGCCCUUGACAAGCGCCGCCCCCGAGCCUGUCGAGACCGAGUCUGACAUCCUCCCGUCCCAACGCCGCCUGGCCGAGAUCACCGAGCUGAUCCACACGGCAUCCCUGCUUCAUGACGAUGUCAUCGACCACUCCGUCGCGCGACGCGGAUCCCCUUCGGCGAACCUCGAGUUCGGCAACAAAAUGGCUGUCCUGGCCGGCGAUUUCCUGCUAGGCCGCGCAUCCGUCGCCCUGGCCCGUUUGAGGAACGCCGAGGUCGUCGAGCUUCUCGCCACGGUCAUUGCCAACCUUGUCGAGGGCGAAUUCAUGCAGCUCAAGAACACUGAGCGGGAUGAGCGCAAGCCAGUGUGGUCAGAGGAGGCGCUCACUUACUACCUCCAGAAGACCUACUUGAAGACGGCUAGCUUGAUCUCAAAGUCAUGCCGCGCCUCGGCAAUUCUCGGCGGGUCAGACGCUGCUUCAAUUGAGGCAGCAUAUGCCUAUGGUAAGAACCUAGGACUCGCAUUCCAGCUGGUCGACGACAUGCUCGACUACACAAGGAGCGAGAAGGAGCUGGGUAAGCCGGCCGGCGCCGACCUUGAGCUUGGUCUCGCGACGGCCCCUCUACUAUUCGCGUGGAAGACGAAUCCGGAGUUGGGUGCUUUGGUGGGCAGAAAGUUCGAGCAGGAGGGUGACGUCGCCAGGGCACGCGAGUUGGUCCUCCAGAGCGACGGUAUUGAGCAGACGAGGGUACUAGCCCAGGAUUAUUCCGAGCGGGCUAUUGCAGCCAUCAGCGAUUUCCCUGAGAGCGAGGCCAAGAACGGGCUCGUCGAAAUGGCCAUGAAGGCAUUGAAGAGGACAAAAUAAGCGACUGACGGCGCUGGCCGAUCAGAAACCUGUACAAAAAAACCAGAAUCCGGAGUGCACGCAUUGUGGUAAUGUGCGCUCAACACCACUGUACAACAGACCUUUAGGGCUCUUGACAGAGUACAUGUAACGAUAUUAUACAACUAGACGGCGCGGCGUGAGGCCAAGGGGGGAAUAUCAUCGGGCUAGAGAUGGCACAGGACUUGAGUGCAAUACCACAGACAACUUCCCUUUUUUGAUACGAACGGGAUUCGGCAUGUGUGCGUAAGGGAUGAUUUGCUGAAGCCUGAAGGGGACGAUGAUUACCCCGUGCAGGACAGCCUGCUGUUAUGGAACGCCAAGGGCUCUCACCUGAUUGGGGAGAUGGGAAACUUUUACUCGAUCAGAAUUCGGUGAGGUACAGACGGCAGUCGUGACGACAGGGUCCAGAAG